AGUUACCAGGCAACGCGAAGGAGUUGGUGCAAGAUGGCGACCUCACGACUGACGCUGUGUUAAUAUCGCACUUUAACAACACUAUUGCCUUAACAGCAUAAAUUUAUAAACUGUUUCCACGAUUUUUAAGUACCUCCGAAGCACAAAGCUUACACGCAAAGAUGGAGGACGAAGAGACAGUGCUGGCAUUGAUCCGGCACUACUGCUAUGAGAAAUAUUUCCAUCAUGCUGUAAAUCUUGCAACAGCUGCACAGAGGAAAUUCAGCAAUGAUCCUAUCUAUACUUUUCUACAUGCAUAUGGUGUCCUAAUGCAAGAUCAAAUUCAUAACGCCACAGUAGAGUUGGACUCAAUAAGAGACAGUCGUGAUGUGUCUCUUUGCACUUUAAUGGCCCUUGUCUAUGCUGAAAAGAAAAAGACAAACCCAGACCGAGAAAUCAUUCAAGAACUUGAUGCAAAGGUCAAAGAAGAUCGUAAAAGUGCCUCUCCAAAGAGUCUUUAUUAUGCUGGAAUGUUUUUGUGGCUGUUAGGAAGAAACGAUAAAGCAAGGGAGUACAUAGAGAGAAUGAUCAAACUCUCCAAUGGCUCUAGAGAGGGGAUCAUCCUAAAAGCCUGGAUAGAUGUGACAUCUGGUAAAGAUGCAUAUGCAAGAAAGGCUGGAAAAUACUUUGAUGAGGGACUGAAAGAGAGACCAGAUGUGUUUGGGCUGAUGGGAAAGGCACAAUACUAUGAAUAUCGUCAGAACUAUUCUGGAGCAUUAGAGAUGGUUAACCAAGUCAUCGUUAGUUUCCCUGCAUUCUUGCCUGCCCUGGUCAAGAAGAUGAAGCUGUUGCUGAGCCUUCAAGACUGGGAGCAAACUGUAGAUGCAGCACACAGGCUUUUACAGAAGGAUAAAAAUAACCUGGAGGCUCUAAGGAUGCUAGCUUUGCAUUCUUUGUGCAGAGAUGGUGAUAUUACUGAGUCUGUAAAGCAUCUGUCAAACCUCAUCAGCAGUUUGGACAUUGUGGAACCACGUAACCCAGAGCUUUUGUACAGGAUGUCUCUGGCCUUUACCCGUGUUUGUGGACGGAAUGAAAAAGUGAUUGAGCAGACAUUCAGAAUGGUGGAAAAGGCCCUUUCUGUGGCAUCAGGGGACUCAGAAUUAGCCACAGAGAUGGGUUACCAGAUGGUACUUCAGGGCAAAAUCAAGGAAGCCACAAAGUGGUACAAGACUGCCAUGACUUUGGAUGAGACUAGUGUUGCUGCUUUGACUGGUAUAAUUCGUUGCCAGCUGAUAGAGGGCCAGCUUGAAGAUGCAGAACAACAGUUAGAGUUUCUUACAGAGAUUCAACAGUCCAUUGGGAAAUCUGGGGAGUUAAUGUACCUGCGAGCUGUUCUGGCAGUGAAAAAGCAUCGACCUCAAGAAGAGGUGACCAACCUGCUAAAUGAUGCAGUUGACACUCACUUCUCCACUCUACAAGGUCUGCCUCUGGGUGUGGAAUACUUUGAGAAGCUCAACCCUGACUUCCUUUUGGAGAUUGUUAAAGUGUAUCUUGCACUGUGUCCUGCUAAGCCUCCAGCUCAGGGUCAGCCUCCUGCCCCUCAGCUGCAGCAUUGUGCCACAUUAUUGGAUACUGUGGUCAAGAUUGUACCAGGUCUCCUUCAAGGGGUUUUUCUGUUGGCCAAAGUCAGAUAUCAGUCUGGUGAUAUUGAAGCAGGUCAGAGCAGCCUACAUCAUUGUCUGGAACAGUGUCCUUCUCAUGCAGAUGCUCAUCUGCUGAUGGCUCAGAUCCAUUUGGUGCAGGGUAACUUCACAUUGUGUUCCCAGUCUCUUGAACUCUGCCUAAGCCAUAACUUUGAGAUCAGAGAACAUCCUUUGUAUCAUCUGAUCAAGGCUCAGGCAAAGAAGAAAAUGGGUGAGUUAACGGAGGCUAUUCAAACGUUACAAAUGGCCAUGAGUCUUCCAGGUGUCCGCAGAGCUGGAUCCUCAUCCAAGUCCAAGAAUAAGAAAACUGAGCUGAGUCCUGCUGACUGUGUCUCUGUCUUCUUGGAGUUAGCUGAAGCCCUGUGGCUUAAUGGUGAACAGCAUGAAGCAGCCAAAGUGAUGCAGGAUGCAAUCAUCGAGUUCUCGGGCACCCCUGAGGAACUACGUGUUACUAUUGCCAAUGCAGACCUGGCCCUGCUGCGUGGUGACACUGAGCUGGCACUGAGUAUGCUCCGAAACAUUACCCCAGAGCAGCCCUACUACAUCCAGGCCAAGGAGAAAAUGGCAGACAUAUAUCUAAACCACAGAAAAGAGAAGAGUCUUUAUGCAAGCUGUUACAGAGAAAUUGUGGAGAAAUUGCCCAGUCCUCACACAUACCUCUUACUUGGUGAUGCUUACAUGAAUAUUCAAGAACCAGAGAAGGCCAUUGAGAUUUAUGAACAAGCUCUGAAGAAAAACCCCAAAGAUGGUGCUUUAGCCAGUAAAAUUGGGAAAGCGCUGGUCAAGACUCACAACUACGUCAAGGCAAUAAAUUACUAUGAGGCUGCCCUGAAGACUGAGCAACAGAACUUCCUGCGCUAUGACCUGGCCGAGCUGCUGCUGAAGAUGAAGCAAUAUGAGCGCUGUGAGAAAGUCCUGAAUGAUGCACUGAGCCAUGACCCAGUGAAUGAACUACCAGGACUCUCAGAUGAUUGCAGAUAUCUGGUCUUGCUGGCUAAGGUUCAGAAUAAAGUUGACAAAAAUGAGGAAGCUUUACUUUCCCUACAAAAAGCCCGGGAUGUUCAGGCCAAGGUGCUGAAGCGAGUGCAGUUGGAGCAGCCUGACGCCAUCCCCAUGCAGAAGCAGCUUGCUGCAGAGAUCUGCGCUGAAAUCGCUAAAUACUACACAAGUCAGAGGGGCUAUGAGAGAGCAGUCAAAUUCUACAAAGAAGCUCUUGUGUAUUGUGAGACAGAUCGCAAGGUGAUGCUGGAGUUGGCUCGGUUAUACCUUACUCUGGACGAGGUCGAUGCCUGCCAGGAGCAGUGCAGUGUCAUUUUAAAGAAUGACCAGUUUAAUGAAGAUGCAACUCUGAUGAUGGCUGAUUUAAUGUUCAGGAAGCAAGACUAUGAAAAAGCAGUUUUCCACUUUCAACAACUUCUGGAGCGAAAACCAGGUUCAGCAGAGAAAUACAAUUACCUCACACUGUCACGUCUCAUUGACCUGUUGAGAAGAGCUGGGAAAUUGGAGGAGAUUCCACGUUUUCUUGAUAUGGCAGAAAAACAUUCUUCCAGGACUAAGUUUGACCCUGGGUUUAACUACUGCAAAGGCCUUUACCUUUGGUACACAGGAGAACCUAAUGAUGCUCUGCGACACUUUAACAAGGCACGGAAGGACAAUGAUUGGGGUCAAAACGCUGUGUAUAACAUGAUUGAAAUCUAUUUAAACCCAGACAAUGACACUAUGGGGGGAGAAGUGUUUGAGAAUUUAGAGGGUGAACUUGGGAACUCCACAGAGAAGCAGGAGUCAGAGCAGCUUGCUGUGAGAACAGCUGAGAAGCUGCUGAAGGAGUUAAAGCCUCAAACACCAGGCGGACAUUUACAGCUCCGCAUCCUGGAGAACUACUGUCUACUGGCGACUAAACAAAAGGCCAAUGUGGAGAAAGCACUUAAUGUUUUCACAGAGAUUGCAAACAAUGAGAAAGACCAUGUGCCAGGACUGUUGGCUAUGGCGACAGCUUACAUGAUGCUAAAACAAACUCCCAGAGCAAGAAACCAGCUGAAACGCAUAGCUAAGAUGAACUGGACCAUUGUUGACGCCGAUGAGUUUGAGAAGAGCUGGCUGCUCCUGGCAGACAUUUACAUCCAUUCGGGGAAGUAUGACAUGGCCACAGACCUCCUCAAAAGAUGCCUCAACCAUAACAAGUCAUGCUGUAAAGCUUAUGAAUAUCUGGGAUACAUAAUGGAAAAAGAACAGGCAUUCUGUGAUGCAGCACUCCACUAUGAACUGGCCUGGAAAUAUGGAAACCGAACUAAUCCAACUAUUGGAUACAAACUUGCUUUCAACUACCUAAAAGCAAAGAGGCACGUCGAUGCUAUAGAUGUGUGUCAUAAGGUUUUGGCUGCUCAUCCAAAUUAUCCAAGAAUGAGAAAGGACAUCCUGGACAAAGCACGAGCUGCACUGAGAUCUUAGCAGGUGUCAGAGCUGCAAUGUGUGUGAAAUAUACAGUACUGCACAAAAGUCUUAGCUUUGUUGUUUUUGCAGAGUUGAAAUGGGCAUGCAUUCAUUUCUCAUUUUUAUUUCGUCAGAUACAACAGGAAAGACGCACAAAAAAUAAUAAAAUAAUGGUUAAAGUCACUCUUUGGUGUGGCCUCUGUCCCCAUGUGUGGUCAUUCUAAUUUUACUAAACCAACAAACCUAAUGUUGACUGACGAUAUUUGCACAUUACUGUAUGAAACCAGUAUGUGUGAGUUUAUUUAUUACUUAUACUGUGGAAGAGUUUAAAUCUAGAACAUGUUGGCUUUCAGGUCACCACCAUGGGCUUUUUUUUAAUCCUGUGUUGAUUUCUAUUUAAGUGUACUUUUCAUGUCAUAUAUAAAAAUAAAUUCAACACUUUUUUUU